AUGGCAAACACGCUCGAUCACAACCAUGCACUGUAUCUACACCCCUCAGACACAACAGGAGCUCCGAUUGUGUCAAUUCAAUUGACCGGAUCAGACAAUUACUCGAUUUGGAGCCGUGCGAUGAGAAUCCAACUGUUAGGUAAGAACAAGUUAGGGUUAAUCGACGGCACCUUGAAACGAGAAGAUGUCGCAGAGAAUCUAGGUCAUCAAUGGGACAAAUGUAAUGCAAUAGUUUUGGGGUGGAUUAUGAGUUCUGUGUCGAAGAAGUUAGUAACGGGAAUAGUAUAUGCCAAAGAUGCAUGUCGAGUCUGGGAAGAUCUAAAGGAGCGUUUUGAUAAAAUCAAUGCAUCUAGGAUUUAUCAAUUGCACAAAGAGAUUGCAACUUUAUGUCAAGGAACUAAUAGUGUGUCGACAUAUUUUACUAAGCUCAAAGAGCUUUGGGAUGAAUAUGAGAGUAUGAUUCCAGCUUGUCGUGAUAGAGAAUUUGUUGAACAUCUUCACAGACAGAAGCUAAUGCAGUUUUUAAUGGGGCUUAAUGAGAACUAUGAACAGGCGCGAAGUCAAAUUCUUAUGACAAACCCUACACCUAAUGUUAGCAAAGCAUAUGCGAUGAUCAUUGAGAGAGAGAUCCAAAGAGCUGUCUCUAAUGUGACAAGUGGAGGAAGAGUUGAAGCAACAGACAAGGGAUACAUGACUGAUCUUCCUAAGCCACCACAAUUUACAGCUGAUCAGUACAACCAGAUUAUGAUGAUGCUAAACAAAGAUGUUCCACAAAACACAAUGGCUAACAUGGACCUCUUAAGUGGGAGAAUCAAGGGGAUUGGUAAAGAGAAAGAUGGAUUAUAUCUUUUCUUACCUGCUGAUGAACGAGAAGAAAUGAGUGAAGGGCUAAGUGCACAGGAGAAGGAACUUGAUGUCUCUUUGUGGCACAGAAGGCUAACACAUGCUUCUGGAGGAGCUAUGAGAGCGAUCCUUGGGUUACCUAUUGAAAAUUGUAGAGAUGUAAUAGAUAAAUGUGAUGUUUGUCCUUUAGCUAAACACACAAGGCUACCUUUUCAUUCUAGUGACAGUAAGAGCACUGAAAUUUUUCAACUACUGCAUUUAGAUGUUUGGGGACCUUAUAGCACUUCUACUGUUGAUGGCAACAAGUAUUUUCUAACAAUAGUGGAUGACUAUUCUCGUGUGACUUGA